UUAAAAGACCAGGUCUGCCAGAUCCGCGAGAACACUGUCACAGCUCGCUCACGAACCACCUAUCAGAACUCCUACUGUCGCUUUCUCGUGUGGCUUGCCAAUAAUAAAGUCGAUCUCAUCGCACCGGAGUUUGCAGCGCGUCUUGGCGACAUUACCGCGUACUCCCUCCAACAGCUACGGGCGCAUAUCAAAGAGGUGAUCAACCAGGAGCCGCCCAUCGCCCCUCUCGUCUUCGAGCUCCUGGACGCGGAGGUCUUCGUCACCUGGCUGGUCACACUCCAGCGUAAGACGGCGGUGCACUCAGCUACUCCGCUCUCAACACGCACAGAGCAAGAGUUCAACCUGUUUCGGGACUUCGGUCAUACCAUGAGCAAGACACUCGAGUCGGAGCAGACCACCUACGUCAAGGGGCUAAAGCACAAGCUAGAUAAGGACGCGUCCACCGGAGCCAGCGAGAUCAAGACAGGCAAACACCCGCUGAUGUUUGAUUUUACUCUUCCUGGCAAGGGUUUUCUCAUGCAUACAUGGUCAUUGCCUGGAAUCUCAUGUGCCGCUCGUCCAAUGCCUUUGGGAUCCGACACUCGCAUAUGGAAUGGAGAGGCGAUGCACUUCAGAUCUACUUCGCGCACAUGA